AAGAGGGGCUGGCUUGUACCGGCGGCGCCUGCAGUGACCGGCUGGUGUCUGUGAGCACCCGGGUGUCAAAAACGUGGGUACGGAAACUCGUAAGAUUCGAAGUGAUACUAUUCAUGGAAAAGCUUAACGUAUUUGAGCAUUGGUGGUUUGCACGUUUCUCGUUAUUAUAAAGAAGUAUCAUAUCUAUUUGGUCGGUCGAUCUCACGCGUUUCUAGCUUGAUCUGUCUGCUUCUCCUCUUCCCCUCAACCGUCUGCCUCUAACCAACGGGGGACAGAUCGGUGUAGUGUGACAGCGAUCGACUGGCUACGACACUGCACAGACAACCCUUGCGCUCUUUUUUUCCAAGGCUCACGCGGUUUUCCAUGUCAACGACACGCGCGCUCCUGCCAAGGCCAGCGUGCUACGCCCCGCACAGAGUAGCCUCCGUCGUCUUCGUCGUCGUCGUUGCUGCUGCUGCUGCUGCUGCUGCUGCUGCUGCCGCCGUCAAGCAGCCGCUCCACGUAGUCGUGCUUGUUGUUGACGACCUAUUGUUUGCAUUGCGUCGGUGGUUAUAUCUCUGUUCGUCGUGGUCAUCGUCUCGGUGGUUAGUUUCGAAAAAGGCCGGCGAGCAUCAAAGUUUCUGCACGGCUAUUACCAGGGUGAAGAGAAGGAAACACGGCAGCGUCGCUCACGCCAGCCUGAGAUGAGCGACCAUGGCUGCAUACACUUGAAUAAUUUCAAAGCAGCCAAGGGUAUCCAGCCGUACAAAGUGAUACACUCCUAUUUUGUGACCAGCACGUCGACCGAGGCACGCGUAAGAAAGGCUGUUAGUUGUUUAUGUCAUACAUGUAAGACCUAUAAAGACCGCCUACAUUCUUGUCUUCAUUGUAUAUUUUUUGGCUGCUAUGUAAAAGGUCACAUACAAGAACAUGCAAAGACAAAAAAGCAUUUUUUAGCUGUUGAUCUCUGUUAUGGAAAUAUUUUGUGCUUCCAAUGUGGGGAUUACGUAUACGAUAGAGAGUUAUUAGGAGUUGCUAAAUCACAGUGGAGUGAAUCUGCAAAAUCAUUAAGCUUUGGAGAAUUUUAUCGAGCAUGGGAACCAACACAGAUAGAGGCAGAAUUAUUAAGAAAACAUCCACGCAGAAGACGUGUGGUCGAAAAUUCUACUAUAGGUCUAAGAGGGCUUAUAAAUCUCGGAAGUACAUGUUUCAUGAACUGUAUCGUGCAAGCACUUAUACAUACACCACUGUUAAGAGAUUAUUUUCUUGCUGACCGUCAUCACUGCCCGCAGCCGACACGUUGCCUGGUCUGUGAAGUGUCCCAUCUUUUUCAGGAAUUUUACUCUGGUAGCAAAGCACCACUGACGCUUCACAAACUUCUCCAUUUGAUCUGGACACAUGCUAGACAUUUAGCAGGUUAUGAACAGCAGGAUGCUCAUGAAUUCUUUAUAGCUACACUCGAUGUUCUGCAUAGGCAUUGUGAAGCAGCACCAAUCUUAGUGAAAGAUAAUCCACAUCACUGUAACUGUAUCAUUGAUCAAAUAUUUACUGGUGGAUUACAAAGUGAUGUGGUUUGUCAGGCAUGCAACGGAGUGUCUACUACGAUAGAUCCAUUCUGGGAUAUAUCUUUGGAUUUGGGUCCAGCCGCUAGUGCAUCGGGUUCGGAUAGUUCUGGUCCUCCUACCUCGUUAUUAGAUUGUUUGGAAAGGUUCACACGUGCAGAACAUUUGGGAUCUAGCGCAAAAAUAAAAUGUAGUAAUUGUCAAACGUAUCAAGAGAGCACGAAGCAAUUGACGAUGAAGCAACUCCCUAUCGUGGCCAGCUUUCACUUAAAACGAUUCGAACACUCUAGUAUUCAGGAUAAGAAGAUAUCUACGUUCAUCUCGUUCCCAGAACAAUUAGAUAUGACACCAUUUAUGUCACAUAGACGAAACGGUAAUAAUAACAGUGCAAUGAUAGAUGGACUGCCAAAGAAUGGAGAAGACAUGGCAUUUAGCGACAAUAGAUAUUCUCUAUUUGCGGUAAUAAAUCAUGAAGGAUCUUUGGAGACUGGACAUUACACUGCUUUCAUACGGCAGCAGAGAGAUCAAUGGUUUAAAUGUGACGAUCAUUUGAUCACGAGAGCAAGAUUAAAAGACGUCUUGACUAGCGAAGGGUAUCUCCUUUUUUAUCAUAAACAAAUUUUGGAGUAUGGUCGAAACACCAAGGUGUAAAACUUUAGAUUGUGUAAUUAAUUUAUUUAUCACGAUGAAUCAUGGGCGAUAGAUUUAAGUUUUCUUUAGCAUGUUAAAAAAAGAGAACUUUAUAAACAGCUAAUUCCUUUCUGGAAAUUAUUUCAUAUGUUCUCUUCGACUUACGCGAAUUUGCUUGUUGGUCGGACGUGCAUAAUCUAUGCGACAGGAAAUAGAAAUAAAGAAAUGGAGGCCUCAAAAAAUGGAAUUUCAAACUUUCGUUUGAAAUGAUAUCUUUAAAUGUGAAUA